GUAAAACUCAAGAUGAUAAUAUUACCCAAUGCUUUACCUGCUCCUAAGGCUAACUCAAUUGAUUCUGGUAGCUUGGAUUCAUCGCUCAUGACAAAAAGAGCAUCCUUAACAGAUUCCACGAGUGAAAAUUUCAAUGAUUUAGUAAGGUAUUUAUUAAAGUUGGAGGAAUAUUUGGAGGGGUUAUUUAAUUAUGUCAAAAAGCAAGCCAACUGUGAACUUAUUGAUGACGCUGGUGAGUUUAUGUCUACGUGUAUACUUGGAGAAGGAAUACCAUGGUCAAAUUUGGUUUUGGAGAAUAGUGAUAUUAAAGAAGUUUUGAAGAAAAGAAAGCCAAUACAAUGGAGUUUGGCACAUGAGAUCGAAGUUAUACUUUUAGUUGUUUCUUUAAUGUAUACCAAGCUUGGAUCGGAGCUUACGAAUGAGCUAAUUGAACUACAAGCAGCUGAUGAAGGAACUGAUGAGAAAUGGAAGCAAGUUAUUAAUUAUCAUAAAAAAGCAAUUGCAUCUACAAUGUUUGGAGCUAAAAUUUGCUCUAUUACAAAUAUUGAAAGUAGCGUUAACGAGAGAAUAUUUACAUUUAUGGACAAAAUUAGUAAUAUAAGUAUUCAAAUGUCAAUAUUGUCAAAAUCAUCCUGGAUAAAUAGAAAUUCAUUCAACUCAACUGAAACUUUUGAGACUAAUAGCAAUGGUACGCUAUCCAGGGUUUCUAUUUAUGUUUUAAAUGAACUUAAUGAUUGCAUGAAUCUCCUAAUUGAUCUAAAGGGAAGCUUAACUACCAAAAUUAAUUUAAAUUAUAAAGACUGGAAGGAUUACUUAUCAGUCAUUCAAAAAUACAUCACAGCAUAUGCAGGGUUAUUUCUUUCAAUUGAAUACUAUCAAAAAGAUAAGCUAGGUGAUGCCUUAGGACUUAUAAACUUUUCAUUAGUAUCGUUACAGAGUAAGAAAUUGUCAGAAUUAAAGCCUAAACAAGGCAAAAUAUUAUCAAAGUUCAAAUCGAAGUUAACGCUGCAUAAGAAUGAUCAAUAUAUAUCGAAUAUCCAUUCCGUCACAACCUUAAAUGUUAAUAAAUCCGCUUUUCAGGAAAGCUCGGGAGUUAUAUUGAAAGACUUGUCGUUUCUAUUUGAUCUGUUAAUUCAACUUCAUUUGAAAUUUAGUAAAGAAAACGACAACCUUAAAUUCGAUACUGUCACUGAUUGGCAAGAUAUAAGUAAGGACACUAAGUGGCCAUUGGGUUGUAAGAUACCAGUCUCUGAUAUAAAGAUGUAUGAACCAAUCUCUUUUCGUCAAUCCACAGGGUUAUUGAAAGAAAACUAUACCGGAAGAGGGUCUUACUAUUAAAUAGUUUAUCGAUAAAAAACCCAAUCUCGC